AUGCGUGGUGAUCCACGUCGCCGGAGCCCGGAGAGCUCUAGGCGGCGAAGAAAGGACCGGCGUGAUUCUCGCGAACAGCUUGCCUCCGCCGCCGCCGCCCCCUCCACUGUAUCCAGCAUGCCAGGCCCGUCUGCUCAACCACAGCAGUACCCUUAUUCGCAGCAGCAGCAACAGCAGCAACAAUACCAAUACCAACCCCAGACAUACUCUCCGUCGCAAUACUCCCAAUCCUACGCCGAACCCCAAAGAUACCCCGAUCAUGAAAGCUACGCUCCGAGACCUGAGCGAUACGAACAACAACAACAACAUCAUCAUCAUCAUCAACAAUACCAACAGCAACAAUCGUACGGGAACCCCCAGAGAUACCCAGAACCCGAGCGAUACGCCCAAGCUGAGAGAUAUUCUGAACCCCCCCAACAAUAUGCCGAACGCGAUCGAUAUGCCGGCUCCCAAGCAUCAGCAUCGGCAUACACCGAGCCUGCGAGAACGCGCCCGCGCGGCGGCUCGAGUUCGUCCGCCUCGUCAUCCACUUCGUCGUCCCUCCUCAACGUUUCGGCCAAGGCUCCAAGGUUCGGCGGUGUCUUUAGCACUUUUUGGAGGGCCCCCUCGGAGCAGCGUGAGCGACGGCGGAGGAAGAAGCAAAAGGCUCGCAUCUUCUUCGCUACGAACUCGUCUUCGUCCUCGGUCAACUCCGACCUGGCCUACGGCCGCGGCUACAUUGAACGCGACAAGAGCCAGGGUCCAACCCCCGCGGCUUCUGCUUAUGCCAGUCCCGCCAUGUAUCGGAAUGAGCCUGCGCCUACUGAGGUCCGUCAGCAACCACCACCGCCGCCUGAGCCGCGGCCCAAGACCGACGAUGAAGAAAUCCUCGAGAUUGGCCGCCAGUUGCAGGACAUCGCCAGGAGGCAGAAUGAAUCCGACAAGCGCGCCGCCGGGAAGUCCCGUGCGUCCCAGCUGGCUGGUGCCGCCGGUAUAGCCGGUGCAGCUGCUGCCUUUGGUCACUUCCGCAAUCACAAAGCGGGCGGCAAGAGUCAAGCGGGACCUUCGUCGAAAGUGCAGGAGUCUUCCUCUGACGACGACUGGGAAUCCGCGUCCGAGGAUGAAUCGUCUACGGAUAGUUCCGACAGCUCAGAUGGCGGCGGCUUGGCUUACGGCUUUGACAAGCCGUCCAAGUCUGCUAGGAUCUCGGCCGAGCCUCCUGAGCAGAUUCAGCCGCCUGGACGGAAGAACACCGUCGUCGACCCGCGUCUCUUCGGCCCUUAUAACUCUCUCCGCGGCGCCGUCAAGAGCCCCUGUGGCUUUGGCGAACAGGACGAUCCUCGAUCUGCAGGCUCGUUCCGCCGUCAUCACGAGGAAACCGUGGCACAAGUCCAGUCACCCAAGACCGAGAAGAAGUCAGUGCAGCAGCCGAUGCAGCAUGUGUAUCCCGUGCCAACUUCGGACCCAGACAAGUUUGACUUUGACCGCGCUUCUGUGACCUCGUCUAGGCAAGACCUCCCACAACAGUCCCGACCCGCCCCUGUUCCCCUGCAGCAACCUAAGCCCAUUGUCCCGGUCUCAUCCAAGGUUUAUGAUGCGGACAGAUAUGUAGAGCCCCGGACUUUCAAGCGCCAGACGCCCACGGGCAGGAGCCCUGGUAGGAUCCCCGUCGAGACAGCCAUUGCCGGUGCUGGGGCCGCGGCCGCGGCCAUUGGCGUGGCCAUGGCUAACCGUAGGGACUCUGCCGAUCAAGUUCAACGUCACGACGAGCGCCGGAGUGAGGCCUGGGAGAGGCGAGACCACGCCCGCGAGUCUCGGGACAGCCGUCGACCAGACGAGCGGGUAGAUCAGCCUGUCAAAAUUGAAAUGGACGACCGUGAACGCCGCGAUCGCAGCGAACGCCGGUCAUAUAGGCAUAGCCCCGUCGAGAUCAUCGACCAACGAGACAAGAACCGUACCGCCCGCGGCGAUGCCCCUCCCGAGCCGACCAAGAAGCCGGAAGCACGUCCAGAUGCCCGUCCAGAGGUGUACCGGCUGCCGAAAGGUGACGAAAUCCGAGUAGAGUAUGACCCGGAGGAAGAUCGACAGCGCCGAGAGAAACCCAAGGAGCCACGUAAAGAUGAGCGUAAGCCGGAAGUCGUCGAAGAACGCCGGGAUGGGAAGCGGGUAGAGAAGCAAACUGACUUACCCCGAGAUCAUCAUGGGGUGGAGCAACCCGAGGUCCCCUUUACACAAGCCCCUAUUGACCCUUUCCAGUUCCAGGUCGCUGACGACGCUUUCCAAACACCGAAAUACGCGACGCCCAAGAACGCCACGCCCAAGAGGCCGCUGACUCCCCAGGUCGUGACUGUUGAUCGCGAGCCUAAUUUCGACGAUUCGCCCCCGAGGAAGCCCGACUACUCGGAUUCACGAUUGAGCCGCAAGGAUUCUUUUGAGCUCGAGCAAAGGUUGGAGCAGUACCAGCAAGGCUUCAGAGACCGCUCGAGAACGCCGGAACCCCGCCGUCGCAGAGACUCGUUCGAAGAGGAGAAGCACGCCGCCAAGGCAAUUUACGACGAGGUCAAGCAUGCCACUGCGCCCGUAGCCGCGGCCGCUCUUGCUUCUGCAAUUGCCGUAGAGGAACAGAGAUCGCGAAAACAUCGUAGUGAACAUGUCACCGAGGAUGGCUCGCGUACCAGCUCCCAGGCUGCGAGAGACGCCGUCCAGGAAGAGGCCGACAGGCAUUACCGGGAGACCGUCCUUGCUCGCAAGAUUGCCGAGGACGAAAUUCGCUCUCGCAGCUCCUCGCCUCAUGACGGGUCCGUUGUAGGCAAGUACGAUGACGACAAGCGACCUGAAGUGGUCACCAUCGUGACACCCCCGGAGAUGGACCAUCCUCACGACAAAAGCCCCUACGACGCGCCAAACGCGGAUGUUCGUAUCGACCACGUCAUAAUACCAGACGAGCUCGCCCGUUUCCGUCUACCGGAAGGCCAGCUUGGUCCUGGGUCCACGCAUAUCUUCCGGUCUCGCGACCCCUCUUGUGAGCGCGAGCGGCCUCUAUUGAAUCUCGUCCUCCCUACACCUAAUAUCACCCCCCGCGCCACACCUGCCCCUGAGCAGCAGAAGGAGGCGAACCGUGAAGCGAGACAAGAGGAAAAGCCGAAGAAGAGCACACGUGAAGAGCCAAAGCCUAGAUCCGUAGAGGUGACUGCAACUCCCGCGGAUAUCGCCCCUGAAGUCGUUCCUGAACCAAAACAAAAGGUUGUCGAGAGACCAACGACACCCACGGCCAAGUCGGUGACCUGGGGCGAGAAUGAGACCAAGAGUUUUGAGAUUGAGAGCCCCGAGCCUCCGAAGAGCGUGCCCUCAUCCACUUCUCCCAAGAAGUCGAAGAAGCGCUUCGGUAAGAGCACCCCGUGGGGCGUAAUCGCCGCAGCCAUCGGCGGAGCGGGCGCUGCAGCGGCAGCUACCUCCGAGGUUCACGAUCCUUUCGAGGAGAACAAGACGACGGAAGACAGGGAGAGACACAGCCCACCGCAGUCUCCCAAGUUCCGAGCCGUCGAGCCUUCCUCGGAGCCUGCCGUUUCCCCCAUCCAUCCCAAGGUCACCACCUCGUUUGAGGAUGACUUGCCUCCUGCGCCAGGCCCGAAGCCGUCCAGUCCACAAACCUCUCAGAUGCCCGGGGCGUUUGCGGAUGAUUUGGAGUUCGCGUCCGUCCUCGCUGCUGGCUUGCAAGACACUGGAUUUGACCCCAACAUUGUCAUUGACAACCCUACCUACAUGCGGCGUGAUAGUCCGCCGGGCCAGAAUGAGCCAAUCUACCAGCAACCUUACGUAGAGACGGUAAAUGACCUGGGAAUCUACGGUCCUGAGAAUAUCGGGCAGCCCACAGCCACCCGCGAGCCAGGCCACGUCAUUAGCGAGGUUCACGACACCCCCGUGGAGAAGGAUCUGAAAAACGGCCAUGCUGCUUUCGACACUCUCCCUAGAAAGUAUCGUGAUAAGGGAAAAUCCAAGGAGACCGAAGCCUUGCAUGAAGAGCCUGCUGGCGACGAAUCUGAGCCUGGUAGGAAGCUCAGCAAGAAAGAGAAGCGCAAGCAGAAGGCCGCCAAGAGACAGAGCGUCGAGAGCGCGCCGGAGGAGACAACAGAGGCGGUAACACCGCUGGAUCCUUUCUCACAAACGGCGCCCGAGCACGAUUGGAACGACGACAGGUCUCAGAGCCCCUCAACCGUUGUAUCAACCGUUGUGUCGGUCGGUCCCAAAGUUCGCGACCCUCUUGACGACCCCCUUUGGAAUUCGCCGUCGUUUUCCCACCGGGACCGUCCUGUUGAAGAGCCAACAUACGAUUCCCGCCGUUAUGUUGACGAGCCAACUUACCAGUCCCGCCGCUCCGAUGAAGUGCCAACGUAUGACUACCGCCGUUCUGCUGACGAGUCAACUUCUCGGCGCCAGUCUGAAGAGCGAAGAUCCCCCCCGACCACCCGAUCCCUGGAUGAUUCUCCUUACGCUGGCACCUCUUUUGACGAACUGCCUUCUAUCCAAGACACAAGAUCCUUUGACGAGUCUUCUUCUCUCUACUCUCAGCCUUCUGAGGUGCCAAGCUCUUACGUACGCUCCCGCGAUGAGCCAUCUUCCCAGGCGCCGGCGUCAUCUGGGACACCCAAAGCAGAUGACGACGCCGCAGCCCCAACGAAGUUGAGCAAGAAAGAAAAGAAGAAGAAACGGUCUUCCAGAUCAGACAUUGUUGUGGUACAGGAGGAUGGGAAAGAGCCGCAGGAGAUCAUUGUUGAGGAGCCGCGCAGCUAUCGCGAGGAGCUGCCCGAGCACAACGACACUGCUCCGACAGAACCUCGCGAGAAGGACGAUGACCCGUUGGACUCGCCAGUGAAGAAGAAGAAAAAGUCCAAAAAGUCCAAGCAGAGCUCUGACGAGUGGACCGACGUCGAGAAGCAGAUUGAGGACGUCUCUGCCGGCGGGAGAAGCUCGCCCACCAAGCCUGUGGACGACUGGGACGAUCGUCCUGCCAAAUCGCGGCGAGAUCGAUCUAGGAUCGACGACCAAGACACAGGCUCUGUCGUGUCCGAUUCGACACCGCGGCGCAGCAAGUCAGAUCGCCGCUCCAACGGCAGCCGUUACGAAGAAGACGACGCCAAGUCUGUGGCAUCGGACGGGUCCGGCCGUAAGAGACGUAGCCGCGACGACAAGAAGAGUGUCAAGGACGAUGACAAAAAGAGCACCAAGGAAGAAGAGAAGCGCGGCAGCAGCGGGUUCUUUAGCCUGUUUAGACCGGGAAGCGGAAACAAGGACACAUCUGUAAAGGAGGAGAAGUCUUUUUUAGAUAAUGCCGGCACCCUUGGCGCGGGUGCCGGCUUGGCGAGCGCCGUGGCAGCUUUGGGCUCCAUGAUGUCCCGCUCCAACGCCACCGAACCUCAACCGGAAGAGUCUGAACAUUCUCGUUCUUUGGAAAGGACCGCCAGUACUUCCUCAGACGUGGACAUUCUCGACCCCGAAAUCACACAGCGGACAAUCAGGCCAGCCAUCGACCCGCAAUAUGGCGACCUCCUUCCCCUCCCGCCUAGUCCUAUGCCGCCGAGCACUCCUGGUUCUCCAACGGAAGAGCUCGGCGACCUCCCUGCCCUGCCUGACAGCCGGCCAGAAACGCCUCCAGAGGAGCGGAGACGACAGCACGAGAUGAAGACGCAUGUCCGGCGCCGCAGCAACUUGGACACCCCGCACAAGAGCCCAAGCCAAACUGCGGUGCCCUUCAAGCUGCGGCUCGGACAAAGGUCCAGCCCAUCAUCUCCAGGUAAUCUGGGACACGCAAUCUCUCCCAUGACUUCUCCGACGGCUCCAACGGCCCCGGAGAACGCCCUGUCCCGGCGUCCUUCCAUCAGACCAUUCUCGUGGGAGAGCAGCAAGGAAAUUAAACCGCUCUACCUGCUCGAGCAGGCUCGCCAGGAGCACGCCGCUCAGUCUACGGAGCCACACGUAGACUUUCCGGGGCUGCCACCCAGCGAGCCCUCGUCCCGAGAGUUCCCUGCACCGCAGUUUGCUCUCCGCGAGAACGACGUGGAGUACUUCCGCCAGCUUCAGGCCUCACCUUUCGAGCCUGAUGAGCGCCGUGUCAACACGGAUGUGUUCCGCUCUCCGGCUGCACGAGACCAGUUCAGCUCGCAGGAGACAACGCCGCAAGCACUGCACCAUACUCGUGCCAUGUACCGCCCUGAGUCCCCUGCUCUACCUGUCGUUCCAGACCUAAACAGACAACUGGAGCUGUCGGGGCGUGACCUGGCUGCGCUACCUGUUCUCCCUGCCAGCCCAGCAAGUACGGUAACUGAGCAUGAAGCUGCAGUGCCUGCCGAGCCGUCUUUGGAGCGCGCAAUAGCAGAUCUACCUCCUCUAUUUGACGAUCCAGAGUCUCAGCCUGGGUUGGCAGAGAAGCCCAGAGGCCCUGUUUUCCUCCCUGAAUCGCCCGCACUUCCCGCCAUGCCUGAUGCAGCCAGGCAACUGGAAUCUUUCGAGCCGAUGGACCUGCCAUCUCUUCCCGCUAGUCCUGUGACAGAUCAGGCGCCUUCUCCUGUUAUGCAGUUCCACGACGCGGAAGAUUUCCCUGCUCUUUCCACAAGUCCAUUGGCUGAGGACGCGUACGAAGCGCCGCAUACUGUCUCCAAAUUCCUCCCUGAAUCUCCUGCUCUUCCGCCCGUCACAGAGACCCAUCGAAUCGAUCUCCCAGACCAUUACUUUGAGGCUUUGCCUGUUCUACCUGCCAGCCCCAAGGUAGAGCCUCGAGCUUCGCCCAAGAGCGUCCGCUUUGCCCCCGAAUCUCCUGCGCUUCCUAUCCCAGACAACGCCGAAGGUUUUGGUCUCCCAGCACAUUACCUCGAUGAAUUGCCUGCCCUCCCCAGCAGCCCUGUAGCAGAUUAUCAGCCAAUCGCAAAGGGCGUCAGCUUCGCACCCGAGUCGCCCGCGCUUCCCUCGGUUGUAGAUGCUGCACGGCUAGACAUUCCCGAGUACGAUCUUGCAGAGCUGCCCAGCCUUCCCGCCAGUCCGGUCCUGGAACACCGGGACCGCGAUAUUGGCCCUAAGUUUGCACCCGAGUCUCCAGCUCUGCCAGCGUCCCCAGACAAGUUUAGAGAUGUCAUCUUCCCGGUCGACUCAGUAGACCAGUUGCCUGCUCUGCCUGGCAGCCCUAUACUAGAGCAUCAUGAACCUGCUCCUACCAUCAGCUACGCGCCGGAGUCUCCAUCCCUUCCCACGUGGCCAGGCACAGGCUUCCCCUUGCCAGAGCAGCUCGAGACAGACCUGCCUGCUCUUCCUCUCAGCCCUGUUUUAGAGCAGCAGGACCCUCCAGCAACAAUCACCUAUGCUCCAGAGUCCCCUUCUCUCCCCACGAUUCCAGAGACAUUUAGGCAUUUCGACACACCAGCUUACAAUGUGGUAGAGUUGCCUUCCCUUCCCGCCAGCCCUGUGGCAGAGCACGAGGCCGUCAGACAUAUCUAUGCACCCGAAUCCCCGGCUCUCCCCUCAUUUCCUGGCGCGAACCUAUACUCCCCAGAGCAGCAGCUAGAGGAUUUGCCUUCUCUUCCUGGUAGCCCUGUGGCCGAGGACGUGUCGAAGAAAUUCACGUUUGCACCUGAAUCGCCCGCUCUUCCCGCGGUUUCAGGCGCAGGUUUUUACUUCCCUGAGCAGCAGUUAGGAGAGUUGCCUGCCCUCCCUGGAAGUCCUUCAAUGGAGCCUUUUGUUACGGACCGUGAGGAGAUCGCCCCUCCAAGGGUCGUCUACGCACCUGAAUCGCCGGCUCUUCCCUCCGUCCCAGACACGGCUAUCUACUUUCAGGAGCAGCAGCUGGACGAUUUACCUUCCCUUCCCGGAAGCCCUGUAGCGGAGCCCCUUGUGAUGGAGCGUGAGGAGCCUGCCCCUCCUAAGGUUGUUUUCGCACCUGAAUCGCCUGCUCUCCCUUCAGUCCAAGCUGUGGGUUUCCACUUCCCAGAGCAGUCUUUGGAGGAGCUACCUGCUCUACCCAGCAGUCCUACAACGGAGCCUAUUGUAAUGGAUCGUGAAGGGACGAAUGCCCCAAGGAUCACCUUCGCCCCAGAAUCCCCCGCCCUUCCCCCACAAGCCGACUUCUACUUUCCAGAGCAGCCCAUGAAAGACCUACCUGCUCUGCCUCCUAGCCCUGUGGCAGAACCUGAGGAUCAUUCAAGAGGCCCUGCACUUGCGCUCGAAUCGCCCGCGCUUCCUCAUCUCCCGGACGCAUCUCACCAGCUGUAUGCCUCUGAUCACCAGCUAGAAGAUUUGCCUGCUCUGCCGACCAGCCCUGAGACGUUACCGGCGGUCGGGACACUUCCAGAGCCAGAGCCAGAGCCAGUUGAGGUCACCUCCAAGGACAGAAACACACCGCCGAGCCCCACGCCCACCAGGUCUUUGGAUAGAUCCGAAGCGACAGCUAAAGUUGAAGAGGAGAGUCUCUCCGAUGCGCAUGACGUCGCUCUUGGCGCCGUUGCAGGCGGUGCGGCAGCCGGGCUUGCUACGACUAUUCUCGGCCAUGGCGACCAGGCCGAGGGCAAAAAGCAGUCCGACCCCGACACCCAGAGCUUGGAAAACUUUGGAAUGUUCGAACCGGCAGGGCCACUUGCUGGAACGAAACUGUCCAAAAAGGCUAAAAAGAAGAAGAGAAAGAGUAAGGCGCUGUCUAUGGACGAGAACGCUGCCCCGACGGAGGCCGCCACUUCUAACGAGCCACCAGCCGAGAAUGCCGCCUUGCCGUCGAAUGACAAUGCUCCUGUCAGCCCGAUUGACAAGGACCGACGGCAGUCAAUCGAUGCUCCUCGCGAGAUGCCCGCAGAAGAGUCUGCACCUCCUUCUGGUGAGGUUGGCACCGAGGCCCCAGCUGAAGCUCCCUCGACAGAGGCCAUCCCGAGCGAAGCCGCUCCCACUUCGGAAACGCGCGCUGCUGAGGUUCCCGCACGUGAAGAGGCGCUUUCAACGGAGGCUCCAUCGGUUGUGGCCCCUCCCGAUGAGGUCUCCAUGCCCAUAUCCCCUUCAUCUAAGCCACAUGAAGAAGAUCUCCCCUCAUCGACUCACCCCAACCUUGAUCCGCCUGCCAGCAGCAAUGUCUUGUCCAACGACGAUACGCCUGUCUCAAUCGCCCCAAGAGAUGGUUUGCCCCCACCGGUUGAGUCCAUCCAGCGUGAGACUCCUUCCGAUGACGUCGUCCGUGGAAUCGAGAGCCUAAUAUCAAGCGCCAACGACAAUGUGCGCGGUGAAGACACUCCUGGGGAAACUCAGCCUGAGAUGUCCACUGUUGAGAGCAAGGCGCCCGUUGAUGCUGAGGCCUUGGAGACUGCCCCUGUUGAGCCUUCUACAGCAGACGUUCCCGCCGAAAAGAAGCUGUCCAAGAAAGACAAGAAGAAACUCAAAAAGGCUCAGGCUCGGGCGUUGGAGCUUGAACAUUCUGCGAAGCCUGACGAGGAACGCGACCAGAUCGAGUCUGCCACGGAACCAGUGCCAGAUCAAUUGCCAGAGGACAACUGCACAUCCUCCCUUGCCGACGACACGCUUCCCACGCCUGAGACUGAAGCACAUGACUCUGUGGUUGAGGUGGAAGCUGCUGUGGCUGACGCUGAUACUGGUGGUCCAGCCCUUGAGACUGAGCAAGCACCCCAGCUGCCUGAGCCACAAGCCGCGACUUGGCUUCCCAAAACCGAAACCACCGUUCCCGCUUCUGUGCCACAGACCGACGAACCGGCUCUCUUGCCCGGCACAGACGGUUCAUCCUCAGCGCCGACUUCCGGCGAGGGCAAGGACGUCAAUGAAGCCGAGCAGCCUGUUGCGCCUUCAGUCACCGAGCCUUCAUCUCCCGAGACACAGAAGAGCAAGAAAAAGAAGAAGAAGGCAAAGAAGGCACCCGAUCUGGAUGGUGAAGUCAAGUCAACGUCUGAGGCCAGUGAAACCAACCCCGUUGCCUCCGAGCCAGUGACGCCAUUCCCGGAGCAGGAAGUGUCGGCCAAGCUGGAUGAGAGCCCCUCCACAUUCGAGUCCAUAGCACCAAUUGCCCCGUUGCCCGACGCGGAGUCUCAACUUCAGCACAUUCCUAUCUUGGAACAAGAUGACAACCAGUUGGCACGGGGAGAUGAUGUGGCAGACUCGUCGGCUCCAUUUGAAGAGGACGUGGAGAAGACAGCCAGCAUCGACGAGCGUAUAUUGGAGUCUAAGCCUACCGUUGAAGCGGAAGAGAAGCCUGCGACUCUCGAGAACACUUUGUCUGGUCGUAGCGAGGACGUUCCCACAUUGCAAGACGCGCCUGCUGAUGGUCAGCCUUCCUUGGGGCCACAAGUUCCAAUUUCUGGCUUGGAAGAGAAGUCGGCCAGCUUGGACGACGAUUCGGCUCAACCACAAACGGCCCCCGGUGAAGACGAGGCAAAGCCCGGCAACACGGAGGACGACUUGCCACUGCCGCCGACUCUGCCUGCGGACGAUGUCCAGCCUGCGCAGGAACCGACGAGUGCCGUCCGUGAGAUCGCAGAGCCGGCAGAGACAUCGCCCACCCCCCCUUUCAAGGACCAGAACCUAUCUUUGGCGGCUGAAAAUGAACACGUUGAGGCCAAACCUGUCUUUGAACAGGAAACUCCUGUUGCAGACGUCUAUGCGGACCUUGCCGAGAACCCUGAAUUGCCUUCUUCAGAAUCACGUGGAUUGGAUCUGGAGGCUACGCCCACCAGCCCCAUGGAAGCUACUUCAGACAAUGUCUACCCCGGCACACUCGAGGACAGGUUCCCCAAAGGAUCGCAGCCCACAACCAGCGAGGCAGAGACCGCUAAAGUUCCCGCGGCGGAAUCUGGCCCCAAAGAGGAUCCCCUCUCUACUUCUGAGCCUAUUGACAAUGUCCCUUCCACGACCCAUAGCGCAGCUGAGCUUCCCGAGCUUUCCGAGCCUGGGCCAGCGAGCACGCAAAUACCGUCCGCCGAAUCUGCUCAGCCUGAGCAAUCGGAAAAGAAGAAGAAGAAAAAGAAGAAGAAGAGCAAGGGACCCUCCCUGUCCCAGUUGGACGACAUCCUGUCUAUGGAAAUCACACCUGUUCAGACCCCAACGAUGGAGACUCCUCCUGUCGUUCCUCAAGCUGCUGAGACUCCGUUAACAGAGACUCCAGCUGUUGAGACUCCUUUAGUCGAUAAUCCUGUAGUCGAGACUCCUAUCGUUGAGACUCCUACCGGUGAGACUAUCGUUGAGACUCCAGCUGUCGAGACUCGUGAUGUCGAGGCUCCUGUGGUUGAUAACUCUGUAGUCGAGACUCCAAUCGUUGAGACUCCUAGGGGUGACACUGCUGUUGCUUUCGACGAAGUAGACACGGCUUCCCAGAUGACUCCAGCCCCUGCUGAGGACCCUCCUGUUGAACCCCCUGCUUCCAACACUCCAUUUGGUGAGACUACAGUCGUUGAGACUCCUGUGAUCGAGAACCCCGUAGUUGAGACUCCUAUUGUUGAGACUCCUACAGGCGAGACUACUGUUGAGAUUCCGGCUGUCGUCGACAACGCUCCUGUCGAGAUUCCUGCUGAUAUCGAAUUCUCCACCGAGGAGACCAACCUUGUUGUUGAGACUCCAGCUGCCGUCGAGACUCAAAGCAUUGAGACUCCGGCUGCUGUUGAGACUCCGGCCAUGGCUGGUGCCCCCGAGGAAAAGGCGCCAGAUUUCAUAGAAGAGCCAGCCCCGGAUACGGUCUCUUCGAUCGAGAAGGGAUCCGACGAAGCUCAGGGCAAUGACCUGGAUGCUGCAAAAGAGCAUCUGGCCGUCACCGCAGAGACUCAAGAGCUACCAAGCAGCACGUUGACAGAGUCAGUCGGCCAGGCUGACAAUGUAUCUCCCCUGUCAGAAGAGCCUUCACCAUCUCGCAAGAACGAGGUCUCAGAAUCCGACGCUACUACUAUCAUCCCUCAAGAUGAGCCCGUGGAGCCUGCAGCCAAACCCGAGCAAGCCCCCAUGGCCGAAGAGACGGCGACAAAGGAACCAGACGAACCGGAGACGGCUAUUCGCGAAUCUCAAGAGCCUACAAACGCCGAAAGCAACGAUGAGGCUUUUGCAACGCCGCCGCAACGCCCCAUCACCAUCGAAACCGAAGAUGACGCGCCUGGAAGCCUUUCGCAAGAGCCCACCCUUCUCGACAGCCAAAUUGACGCGGUCGAUACUAAGCCGCAAGAGCCGUUCAUUGAGAAGGAGCAACCCCGCGAUGUUGAGACGCCAGUCGAACCCGACUCGCCAGUCGAGUCCAAGAAGAGCAGGAAAAAGAAGAAGGCAGCGGCAGCAGCAGCGGCAGCCGCCGCGGCUGCAGCCCUACAAGCAGCCAUCGAGGACACUCCUGGAGACCAGAAGGACCAGAAGGAGGCAAAGGACGAGACAAUCACGGACAAGGGCACGAGCAUCACACAAGACAAGACGGGAGACACGGAAUCACCGCCGCCUGAGCUCCCGACAAGCGGAGAAUUCGCUACGGACGUCAAGAUUUCAGAGGAGGCGGACGCAGGGCCAGCUGUUACCAAAAAGGGAAAGAAAAAGAAGAAGGGCAAGAAGUCAUCAACCUUGGACCCGGAGCCUGAGAACAGCCCGUCCACAAGUAUCCCCGAAAGCACGGCAGAUGUAGCGAAUACAAUGGACAAGUCCGCUUAUGUUUCCUCUCCGCCGAGAGAGCCUGUCAGUGACGAAGCUCGUUUCCCGCCAGCAGAAAGCUCGACCGAGGCCGAACCUGCUGCAAUUACGGGCGAGCAAAGACGAAAAUCCGUGACGUGGGCACCUGAACUGGGAUCCGCCGCGAACAAUUCCGAUCUUCCUCUUCAGGAAGCCGGCCACGGCUCGGAAUGGCAACCUGAGGCGGCGACGGCCCCGCCCCCAGCCACCGGAGAGCUACAAACGACGGAGCCAAGCGAACCUGAGGAUCGAUCGGAGGCAGAGAGCCCUCCUCGGGCAAUUGGUGAGGAGAUGCAGGGUUCGGACACGAUGGCUGUCGACGAGACAAGCGAAGGUGUGGCGCAGAAGGAUCUCGACCCAGAAAGCCAAGCUCAAAGGCACCCUGCAAGCGAGACCACCCAGGCGCUGCCCCAACAGCACGAGCACGAACACGCGCACGACAUUGCUGCUGCUGACCCCAUCGACUACUUCCCGUCAUCCUCUGGGCUGCACGCAACAACGCGGGGAGCCACGAGGAGCGACGCUUCAAUUCCCACCGCCCAGCAGGCCUACUUCCCCUCCGCCCACAGAAUGCUGCCCGCAACUGGCUCGUCCAGCAGUGGUGCGGCCAACCGGAAGGGCGGUGAGACACUGGAGGGCGAUGAGCAAGCGGAGCAGGUGGCAAGCAGCGAGGCUGAUGCAACAUCGGACGCCGAACAUGCUGAACAGGCGGGCCGUUCUGGUGCCAUUGGCAAACCAUCUGCGACAGCAGACGCCCAAACGGGAGAGGUUGGCACCAGCGACCCCGGCCUGCAUGCCAUUGUGGAGCCGGACAGUGGGCCAGGGCACGACAAAUCACUGGUCGACACGCAAAACGGGCGGAUGACGGAUGCAGAACCCGUGGGACCGGCCCUCACCGACUCGGCCCUGGAGGCUGGUGGCCCACAAAACACCCCGGUCCAACCCUUGGCCAACCAAGACUCUAACCCGAAGAUCCCCCAACCUUUGCCCUCCCACGCCGCCUCCAGCAGCACCUCGCCUUUGGACGAGGUACCCAGUCCCCGUCCCCGUCCCCGUUCCCGUCACACUCCCAGCAGUCCCAGUUGGUUGGAGCGUGCCAAAAAUUCUGACGCGGGGAUUAUCGAUCCCGCCGCCGCCGCCGCUGCAUCAGCCGAGUCUCGCCCGGAAGACUUCAAUCUCAACGACUCUCCCUACGUUGGGGAUUCCAGAGAACACAAGGCCGAGGAAGAGCAGCACCCCGUUCCCCGCGCCACCGAUGCUGCACUUCCGGGUCAAACUGCCGCCCCGGAAUCACUUGGUGAAUUCAUCGCCUCGGAGCCGCAAGUAGACUCAUUGUCGGAGACCGUUCCAGGCCCUGAACCCACAGGGAUUGUGAAUGCUGGGAGCACCACCCAGAGCCCCGACGAGACUGAGACACAGCCCGAGGAGGGAGCUGACGUCUGGUCCGAGCCCGCAACCCCAAGCAACAUGUCCAAAAAGGACAAGAAGAAGGCCAAGAAGGCAAAGGCCGCCGCCGCCGGAGAGCCGGACGAUGUUGAAGACACCCAAGCACCGGAUGUGGAUGACAGGCCCUCAGCUGCUGAACCCGGUGCCUCGGCACCGAUUGAGUCAUCGGCGCAGCCGGAGCCGGCUUCCAUCCCGGACGCUGCCAGCGCUCCCGGCGCAGAGGACAUUGCGCUGUGGGCUGGUGAUGACGGAUGGGCAAUCCAACCUAACAGCAAGAAAAGCAAAAAGGACAAGAAGAAGAAGCGCGCCGCAGCUCAGGCAGCUGAGGAUGCUGACGCGGUGGUAGCGCAGCCCGAAGAGUCUUCCUCAAAGCCCGAAGAAAUUGUUGCUGAGCAAGCGCUCCCGUCCCCACCAGCACAGGAGGAUGAGAGAUCUCCAAGUCUGGAAGAUGCAGUAAAUGAGCGCCAGACUACCGCUGGGACUUCCGACGUUCCCCUCGAGACCUCUGAGGCUGUUGUCGAAGGCGUGCCCGAAGAUGUUCCCGGCGUGUCCCGUGUUCCUGAUGUCCCGCAUGAUACAAGCGCUGGGGACGAGCAACCGCAAGCACCUCAAGAAGCUGAUGAUGCUGGUUCGACAAAGAAGAGCAAAAAGAACAAGAAGAAGAAGCAGCAGCAGCAGAGCUCUGGUGGCGAAGAAGCCCAAGGCAGUCUCCAGGACCCAACGCGGCAGGACCACCAGCCUGGACAUGGGGAAAGCACAUCCACUCCCGCGCCUGCCCCACCUGUCGACACCUUGCCCGCCGACGCAGAACAUCUCCAACUCUCCAGGGACCCCCAACCCCUUGACGAUGCCUUGCCCGAGGAUUCAUCAAAGGCCUCGACCCAGGAAGACACCCUCAUUCUCGACCGCCCAGAAGACGCACCAAACCCAGCGUCCAUCUCUCAACCGCCGCCGGAUGCUGAGGCUGAGGUCCCUCAGGAAGCACAAACAAUGCCUCCGGAUAGCAUUGCCGACACCACUGUUCUGGCAGAAGAUGAGUUUCCCGUCAUGACCAAAAAGUCGAAGAAGGACAAAAAGAAGAAGAAGGGCCUCGAGACCCCAGAUGAGCCGAUUGUGACGCCGGCGACUGAGCCAGUCGUAGAACAACCAAGCCCGCCGCAGCAGACUCCAGCGCCAGAGUCACAACCCGCCCCGGCUGAAGUUCCCGCCGUCGACGAGCCUGCCUUUGAGCAAGUCGACUCGUCUGAACAAGCUCGGGUGCUCGAGCCUGAUGCACCAUCCUUCAGCACGCCUAUGCCCGCGGAAGAAGCCCAUCCGUUGGAGGAGGAGGAACCCAUCUCCCCAAAGAAGUCGAAAAAGGACAAGAAGAAAAAGAAGAAGGGUGCUUCCGCUGACAUCCUCGCGGAGCAACCCCUGCCUACGGAAACGGAGACCCCACCUGCCCCCGAAGCCGCCCUUAUUGGACAACCCGAACAGAUGGUGAUGCCAGAGACUGAAAGCACUCCCCAGCCAACAGAUGUCUUCACUGAAGACGCGACUACUACGACUGACGAACCCCAGCCCCUGCAAGAGGAGGUAGCGCGCGAGCAACCCAUGGACACCACGCCUGAUGACGAAUCAGUCAGACAAGAGAGCUCUAUUCAUGACGCCAUUGUUGAUGAGGCCACCCCAGCUGUGAUUGCUGAGCCUUCACAGCACGAAGAUCCCAUGGAUCUGGAUGUUGCCGCAACGGAAGAGCUGUCUAAGGCAGAUGUUCCCCCCGUCGCCGAGACCGCCCUAGCGGACACUGUUCUUGAUCCCACGCAGACAGCCGAGGCGCCGAAGCCGGUCACCGUCAACGCAGAGGAUGAGUUCCCUGUCCCGGAGAAGAAGUCGAAGAAGGAUAAGAAGAAGAGCAAGAAGGCCCAGGAGGCUCAGGUGGAGCCAUCACUUGAGGCUGAGCCUCCGGUUGAGCAGUCUCUUCGGGAGGAAACAGUGGCCGCCGAGCCCGAGCCUGCGAGUGCCGCUGUGGAGCCAGCCGAAGAGGUUCCGAUUUUGGAGGAGGAGAAGACGCCGAUUCAGGAACCCGAAAUCAUUGAGACAAGCCAGCCAGUGGUUGCCGAGGAUGAGUUCCCGCUGCCAGACAAGAAGGCCAAGAAGAAGAAGAAGGGACAGGCUCUUGAGAUGAUCGAGCCGCAACCCUCACCCGAGCCUGCUGCCGAGUCUGCCGUCAACCCUGUCAAUGAGCGCUCUCUUGACAUUCCUUCGGACAAUGUUCCCUCGGCGGAAGACAUCUCCCAGGAGCCACCAACGGACACGCCGGCCGACCUGAAUGAUGUCCAAGAGCCUGCCACCGAGGCCCAAGAUGUUCCGCUUCCUGACGCGGACACGCUCAAGGAAGACGUUGCCCUCGAGGCAGAUAAAGCGCGCAGUGACGAGGCAGACACAUUUGAUAUCCCGGAGGGCCAACCUUCUCUCCCACUAGAUGAUGAGCCCUCUUCGCCCAAGCUUUCCAAGAAGGACAAGAAGAAAAAGAAGAAGGCCAAGCUGCAGGAUGAUUCAAAUGUUCUUUCUGAUGCUACGCCGACAGUGGAGGUUCCCGAGGAACCUCUUCCCAACGUCCAAGAGGCGGCACAGGCUGACAUUACUGCUCCUCCACUCGAGUCCACGCAGCCGCCUCAGGAGACAUCUGCUGAUCUUAUCGAGUCCACACCGCCGUCUGAGGAGGUCCCCGCUGUUCCUGCUUCUAACGCGACAGGCCUCACAGCUCCCGCGACAUUACCAGCCGAGGACUCCAUGGAUGUGAUGCCUUCGCAAUCGGCCGAGACGGAUGUCGUCCACACCCAGGAGUCCACGGCUCCCCAGCCUGAACAAGAGGUUCCCUUGACGCCCAAGAAGUCAAAGAAGGACAAGAAAAAGACGAAGGGGUUGUCCAUGGACGAUGCCGCUGUUGAACAAGAAACCUCGAGGUCGCUGCCUGUUGCCGACGGCGCAUCCGACGAUCUCCCAGCAGCAGCAAACUCGCCAGCGGCUGAAGCGCCUACCAAUAACCCUGCUGAAGCUUCUAUCCCGGCUCCCAUCGAGCCAGUCGUUGAGAAGGCUGAGUUUCAGGAUGAAAUGGCCAUCGAUGUAGAACCACCCACAACUGUCGAGCAGGCACCGCCUACGUCAACGUCGGACGCUCCCGUCAUUGUAACGGAAACUCUGCCCGAGCCGGCCCAGCCGGUGGAAGAGAUCGUUCCGGUUGCCCCGGAUACUGUAGACCAACCGACAACGACAUCAGCGCCAAAGCUUGAAAGCGUCAAUGACGUGCCCUCUGCCAGUCUGGAGGAUGCCAUACAGGCCAAGGAAGCCGCCGUCGCCCUACCAGAAAAUGACUGGCCCGAGACAUUGCCUGCCAAGAAGUCAAAGAAGGACAAGAAGAAGAAAAAGUCUCAGGCGCAAAACGACCUGAUGGCGUCUGAGGCUGCCACCCCUGCGGGACUGGCGGUGGAAGAGUUUAAGGAAGAAGAGCCGGCCGUCUCCACUAUAGAGGAGGCCAAGAUCCCGGACAUCGCCGCACCCGACGUUUUCCCAGAUGAGAAAAACCUCUCCGAACCCCUUCACGUCGAUGCCAACAUGGGCCUGGUUCGCGAGAUGGAACGUCCCCAUUCUCCCGCAGACAAGAACCUGGGAAAGCAGGAGACGGCGCCGGCAGAAGAGAAACAGCAAGAUGCCACGACUGACGCUGCAUCUUUCGACCCUCUGGCAGCUUGGACAAACGAGUGGUCGAGUGCUCCGACAAAGAAGAGCAAAAAAGACAAGAAAAAGAAGAAGCGGCAGAAUCAAGUACUUGAAGAUGCCGAAGUUGCCACUCCCCAGGAGGACGAUAUCACGUCAUUCAAGCCAGAGAGCGAGCCGUCCACCGCUGCCGAUUCUUUCAAUAACCCCCCUACAAUCGCCGAACCCUCGGAUGCCAUCUCCAACCCCCCUUCACCGGCGCGGGCCCGGACACCAGCUCUUGCGGAGCAAUCCAUUCUUUCAGUCAGGUCUCGAUCUCCUGACCUCAAGGAGCACUCGGUUCUUUCGAGAAGGUCUGAAUCGCCUGAUCUUGCAGAGCGCUCGCUUCUUUCUGGGCGGUCCCGAACUCCUAAUUAUGCCGAGCAGCGGUCUCGAUCUCCUAACUACACGGAGCACUCGCUUCUUUCUCGACGGUCUCGACGAUCUCGAUCCCCUAAUUACACGGAGCAUUCCAAUAUCUCUGGACGAUCUCGAUCUCCCAACUAUGCGGAGCGCUCGAUGCUUUCAAUACGGUCUCGAUCUCCUGAUUUUGCGGAACGCUCAAUACUCUCCGAGCGACCGACCGAGAGUGUUGCGCAGGAAGACGACGACCGGGAGAGCAGACAUGACAACAGCAAACCCCAAAGCCCCGCAGCGAAAGACCGAGCCCACUCAAGUGCAAGUCAUCGACAAGACGUCAAUGCCGACGUCGUUGGUUCGCGUCCCGCCUCGCCGACGGCAGCCUUGAGCACUUCGAGAAGUAUGGACCUCCCAGAAGCCACACGUUCGUCUCUGGACGUGGUCGACCUCGGCGCAUGGGACGUUCCAGUGACCAAGAAGUCGAAAAAGGGAAAGAAAGGCAAGAAACAGUCGAUUCCGGUUGAAUUAGAAUCUCCACAAAACAUUGACCCAACGCCUGCGCCAAACGCCGACCAAAGCCUUGCGCUGGAGGGUGCCGACAACGUGGGAUACUUUGACAAGGAACCCCUCGAGGAGAAUAGGAGUGCGUCCGCGCCGCCUCCUCCCGAGACAGCAAGUACUCUGCUGACCCCAGCGGACACCCCUCGGCCAGUCGAUGCUACAACGCCUUCUCCCAAAUCAUCCACGUCCGCGGAUGUUGACUUGACGCCGGCACAGGAGACAAGCAGAGUCGUGCACGAAGUGCCCUACGAACAGCCCGACAAGCGGAAGAAACUGAAGACCAGGGAGCAGUCCAACACACUGUUGCCGGAACCAAUCUUUAGCUCCCGCGAUAUCGCAGCUGUGGACCUUGAGGAUCACGGCAGCCAGGAAGACAACGCUGCCGAGCAAGUUGGCACGAUUGCAGAUGUUUCGUUGCUUCCGACAUCCGCGCCGGACGCCCCUGAACACCAGGGCCCUUCGGAGCCAAACGUAGACAGGGACGUUCCUGAACAUCAUGCUACAUCAGCGCCGGACGCCUCUGAACACCAAGGCCCCCCGGAACCAAAUGUAGACAAGCAGGUUCCUGAACACCCUUCAGGGACUCCAUCUGCUCUCGAUAUUGCCGCUUCAUACCUCGAGCACAAGACUGAUCACGACCCCAUUGAGACUACCCGGGCCACGAACCCCGAAAAGCAACACCAAGAUAACGGCUCAUCGAAGCUUGGUGUCGCGGCUGGCGCGGCGGCGAUUGCGGCGGCAGCAGCAACCCUCGCCAAGUCUAGCAGCGCCAAGAAGAAGGGAAAGAAGUCCAAAUACGCAGACAAACGCAGCUCGCAGGAGGACGACUUGUUUGACGAUCAAUCGCUGUGGGAAGACGCCGACAAGAAGCACGUUAGUGAGGCUGCAAACGCAGAGGUUGAGAAGUUCUGGGGCGGUGAAGAGCCGCAGAGUGCGUCUGCUCAAGGGGCGCCAGCCGAGCCGGAUACUACGAAGGAUGAGGAGCAUUACAAAAGACAAGACACGGCGAUGGAGGAGGAUGAUGUUUUUGCUCCAGACACGAAGCAAAGAGAUGGCCCGCCCAUUCGACAGAACCCAGUCGAAUCUGGCAAAUUGCCGUCACCGAAGGAGAAGGAGGAAUAUUCAAAAGGCAUGCCUAGUCUGACAGCGCCUCUGAAGGAAAAGGCCCUAGACGACAAUGUCGAAAGCCCUGUACUGGGGCGAGAGGAAAAGCCUGAAGAGAUCCCAUCUGCUACUGAAAGGGACACUCGCCAAUCGCUGGAUCCAGAGCCAAGCACGAUGACUAGUGAUCUGGACGAGGCCGUUGAUCGCGGCUUCGAGGCCGAGUCUCGCCGCGAUCUCUCCAGCGUCCUCUCAUCCCGAAGCCCCGAGCCAUUCCACGAGACAGGAGGUUUCCGAAGCCCGGUCCCAAGCAUCCUGCCGCCAGUCCAGGAGGAGGCUCACGAAGAAGCUGAACCUCAGCCCAGAUCUCUCCCCAAAACAUCAUCUCGGAGGGCACUACGCACACCAGAGCCCCAUCGUGACAGCGCGCUGAGCUCAGGCUCGUCUCACCCUUUCCGCAAGAGUGGUCUCGACAGCCAAGUCGAGCGGGACAGCGGUGUCAUGCGCGACUGGCAAGAGACAAGUUCGCAAGGGCGCGAGGCUCAGCGCACGCCCGAGCUGUCCAGUCACCGUGAGAGAAGGAGAUCUCGUGAAGCAGAGAGGGCAAAAUCGCCAUCGGUCAGAGACCUUAUCCGACGAUCGCCUUUCGCCGAGGACGAGACUCGCGACUAUCCGAUGUCCAAGACGCCUGUUCUGCGCGACCCUGGCAGCCGGCAACUCGAUACCCCAACUCCGGAGCCGCACAAGAUGCGGCGCAUCAGCCCAGAGCUGGAGAGGAAGCGAUCCAAGUACCAAGACCUGGCCUCUGCGGCGCUGGCCGGGGCUGCGAUCAGCAGCACGUCGUCACCGCGCAGCACGCCCCCGCCCGGCAAUCGCAGCGUCUCGGAGCGUGUUGCACGGCUGCAAUCGCCCGCGCCGGUCGAGCCCCCUGUAGCGCGCAGAUCCAUAUCCAAUAGCAGCCUCUCGCGGCACAGGCGGGCCUUGGGCUCACAAACACCGGAGCCACUCAAGUUCCGGCCUGAAAGCCCAGGCAUCAUCUCUCGCCCAGCCACUGCCACCCCUCCUCUCCGCCGCCGGACAGACAGGCGCAUGAGCGGAGACCUGCGAUCUCUCAGCCAACGAAGUCAGCAAGACCUCACCCAGGACCCGACCAGCUCGUCAAACACCCCCGUCGCCAACGAGGGUCGUGUCCGGACCAAGGACAUGGCCGACGUCUUUGAUGGCUUUGGCGAGGGCCGCAUCGGCUCCCCCCGCUCGCCCACUAGACCACACAGCAUGCGUCGCCGUCAGAGCAUGCAAGUCCUCGAGCUCGAGUCUCGCGUCGAACAGCUCCUGGCCGAGAACCGCAUGCUCGCCGAUGCCCGAACCACCGCGGACACCACCACCACCAGCAAUCGCGCUUCAGCUUCAGGCAUCCUAGCCGAACGCGACGCCGAGAUCGACGUCCUCAAGCAGUCGCUCGAGUUCCUACAAAAAGAGGUCGCUCGCUUGACAGAGGUCAACGAGGGCCUCAACAGCGCCAAUGCCCAGCUUGCUGCCCAACACAACGAACGCUACCGUUCAUUGGAGACGCAGCAUGCAGACACGUCGCGACAGCUGGACGAGGUUCGCAACGAACACGGCCGCUUCCAAGAGUCGCUGUCGCAAAAGGAUGCCGAAAUCAGCAAGCUGCGCUCCGAGCUCGACGCUGCCAAGGACAAGAUCCGCCAGAUGCAGCGCCAGAUUCUGGCCGCCAAGGGCGCCGAUGCCGACUUUUUGAACGUCAAGGACGUCGACCAUUUCGACCACCGAUGCCAGCAGCUGUGCUCCCACGUUCAGCAAUGGGUCCUCCGGUUUUCCAAGUUUUCCGACAUGCGCGCUUGUCGGUUGACGAAUGAAAUCAAUGAUGAGAAGGUCAUUGACCGACUCGACAACGCCAUCCUCGAUGGCACUGAUGUGGAUGCCUAUCUCGCCGACCGCGUGCGACGCAGAGACGUAUUCAUGUCCAUGACGAUGAACAUGAUUUGGGAGUUUGUGUUCACCCGUUACCUCUUUGGCAUGGACCGCGAACAACGACAGAAGCUCAAGUCGUUGGAGAAGCUCCUCACCGAGGUCGGCCCUCCCCAGGCCGUCCGACAGUGGCGCGCCGUCACCCUGACGCUGCUCUCCAAGCGCCCGAGCUUCAAGCACCAGCGCGACCUCGACACCGAGGCCGUGGUCCAGGCCAUCUUCCAGACGCUGUCCAAGGUCCUCCCUCCCCCGUCCAACCUGGAGGACCAGAUCCAAUCACAGCUGCGCCGCGUGAUGAGAGAGGCCGUCGACCUCUCCAUCGAGAUGCGCACCCAGCGAGCCGAGUACAUGAUGCUCCCGCCGCUGCAGCCCGAAUACGAUGCUGACGGCGAGCUCGCCGAGACGGUCACGUUCAACGCCGCCCUCAUGAACGAGCGCAGCGGCGACAAGUCCCUCAACAACGAGUCUCUCGAAGGCCAACACGCCGUCGUCCGCAUCGUCCUGUUCCCUCUUGUCGUCAAGAAGGGGGACGACGCUGGCAACAACGAUGACGAGAUCGUUGUGUGUCCCGCCCAGGUGCUGGUGGCUCGGCCCAAGGGCAAGUCUGUCCGCUUGUUCACGCCCGGCAGCGAGGUUGGCGGGUCGGUGAUUGGCGGCAACGCGGCAGCGACACACAGCGAACUCAGCAUGGGCACUUUCCUGCCCGAACAAGCGUCGAACGUGCGAUCCAACUAA